CGCGAGUGUUAAAGAAGUCGCUAAAACAACUUGUUUAGGGAAACAUCCUUUUCUUCACCAAGACAGUUUUAGGUCAUUUAUAAUAUAAAGGUUCUUUCUUUUUACUAAGAUUGGGUUCAUUUUCAGCAUGUCUCAACCCUUACAUGCAAGGUUUGCAACGCGAGCUGUCAAGAAUCCUAUGAUUAUGGAAAAGGAGCAUCAACUUACGGAUUCGAAGCAUCAUGUCCUAGUUGCAGCUACAGGAUCGGUGGCAGCUAUAAAAUUGAUUAUGAUCGUUAAGGCGCUCUUAACUUACGAUAGCGUCGAUGUGCAAGUUAUUUUGACAGACCCAGCUCGCAAUUUUGUGGAAACCGAAGCCCUCACGUCUCUUGGAGUCAAGGUGUAUACGAACGUUGAUGACUGGACUUGCUGGAACGGUUUGGAUAGUCCUAUCACGCAUAUAGAAUUACGCCGCUGGGCUCAUUUGUUGUUGAUUGCUCCUUUGAGCGCAAAUUCCAUGGCUAAAAUUGCUAAUGGUAUUUGUGAUAAUCUUCUAACUUCUUUGGUACGAGCUUGGGCGCUUCAUAAACCAAUGCUGCUUGCCCCCGCUAUGAACACGAUGAUGUGGACCAACCCUAUAACCCAAGAACAUAUGGAAACAAUUGGCCGUAUUUACAAAAAUACAGAAAUCAUUUUGCCUAUUGAAAAAGUCCUUGCUUGUGGAGACAUUGGAAUGGGUGGCAUGGCUGAAUGGCGAAACAUUGUAGCUAAAGUAGCGGAACACUUGCAUCUUGAACAUAAGAAAGUGUUGCCGAAUGCCGUGAAAAAUAUUGAGAAUCAGGAUGAAGAUGAGUCCAGCGGUACAGAAAAUGAAGAAUCCAACGAAGAUGAUGAACAAGACUCUAAAGAACAAGAUAGUGAAAGCAAUGAAGAGAACAACAAUCCGCCUUCUUACGUUGACGUUACUCCGAAAGCUUCUCCUUUGCCUUCUAGUAACUCUUCGUCCAUUAUAGAACCUCCCACUUCUCAGCCUUCUUCAGCCAAGAAAGCGUCUGCGAAAUUUGUUGCUCCAAGCAUACAUUCGGGUCAGCUUGCUCAAUCUCAGCCCCCUCUUCAAUCUGGCUUGUCCUCCAUUCGAGUUCCUUCGAAACCCAGUCAUGAAGAAAAUCAAUAUUUAGAUUUGAUUCGUUAUAUUAUGCAGUACGGAAGGUCUCGCCCUGAUCGCACCGGCACUGGUACUCAUUCUGUAUUUGCCCCUCCUCAGUUGCGCUUUUCAUUGCGCAAUCAGACUCUUCCUUUACUGACUACUAAACGUGUCUUUUUACGUGGUGUUUUAGAAGAGCUCUUGUGGUUCAUAUCUGGUGAUACUGAUGCAAACCACUUGACCGAAAAAGGUAUUCAUAUCUGGGAUGGUAAUGGAAGUAGGGAAUUCCUUGACCAGCGAGGCUUGAAUCACCUUAGAACCGGUGACUUAGGACCAGUUUAUGGGUUUCAAUGGAGGCACUUUGGUGCUGAUUAUGUCGGUUGCGAUGCCGAUUACAGGGGUAAGGGUGUCGAUCAGCUUGCACAAGUAAUUCAUACAUUGAAAACAAACCCCUAUGAUCGUCGUAUAAUCUUAUCAGCCUGGAAUCCUCUAGCAAUUCCUGAGAUGGCUUUACCCCCAUGCCAUAUCUUUUGCCAGUUUUAUGUGAAUGAACCAAGUAAGCCUGGUGGGAAGCUGGAGUUAUCUUGCAUGAUGUAUCAACGCUCAGCUGAUAUGGGUCUUGGAGUUCCCUUCAAUAUUGCAUCUUAUUCUAUCCUUACCCAUAUGGUUGCUUAUAUGUGUGGCUAUGAAGCUGCUGAAUUUAUUCAUGUCAUGGGAGAUUGCCAUAUUUACAAUGAUCAUUUUGAGGCACUCCAGACCCAAUUGGCUCGCACUCCAAAGUCUUUCCCUACGUUAUCAUUUAGACGUGGUGCAACUGACAUUGGAGAAAUUGAUCAAUUUAGUAUAGAAGAUUUUAUUAUUGAAGGAUACGAACCUUGGGGCCCCAUAAAGAUGAAAAUGAGUGUAUAAUACCUAUGCUUUCUUUUGAUGUUUAUCACACUUGUCUAAUUUGGGUUAUUUUAAUGAUGCUUCCAUAAAUGUUGAGGAAGUGAUGAUGCUUAAUGCAACAUUUAGUUGACAAUUUGUAGAAGGUAGAAUAAUUAUAGUUAAUAAUCAACUAGCGACGCAUGCGCGAAUAGUGGUAUUUUCUGUUCCAUUUUUGUUAAGUUUCCUGCGUUGACGUUCUUCAUACUCAUGUUUUCUUGACACAAUUCGCUGUUUAAUUGUGUCAGAUCCUUGCUUGUCCAGUAUUUGAAAGCUAUCAGUUGGUUUCCUGUUAAGAGUCACUUGAAAUGUAGCUUGUUCCUUUACAGAGAAUUUAGGAUACGAAAAGUUGUCAAUGAGACCAUCAAAUUUCGCUUUCAAGUAUUUCAAUGUAUCAAAGCUUCUUGCAGAAGGAGGAUCAAUAAUUACAGCCGAAACAUAUUUACACUGCAAAAGGUUAAGCGUCCUUUCUAAAAGAUUCAAUACUGGCUUUUCAGAGCACUUAUCAUCGGAAAAUACUCCAACGACUAUCGGUAAAUCAGGAAAUGCCUCUGCACAAGCCUUUAAAGCCGUCAUAUGUGUCCCAGUGAACAAACUCCAGUCGCCGUCUAGGUAGAUUGCGGACUUUCUCAACUUUACCUUAUCGGAAAAUAUUCCAGAGACUAAUUCUUCAGGACCAUUGGAGGAUUGUAUAAAUAUAUUAGUGUAGGGAUCUGUUCCGUUAGGAGCAGAAGCAAACCUUUUUAAUAACGGUUCAUAAGUCCUUAUAUUCGAUGGAGAAAUGGUAGUUCUGUAGUACUGACACCCUGGGUACGCUUAACUUCAAGGUAUUGAUUAGCAGCCUUUGCAUGACGAUAACAAUCAUUUCCUUCAGCGUCAGUAGAGAUAUCAUCACCGUGUACCACGAAUUGGCAGUCGUAUUUCCUCAUCCACGCAAGGUCAAAUACAUACGGGGCGUAAGGAACGACUUCAUUUACCCAUUUGCAAGUAAUUGCUGCUAGACAUCUUUCACUUAAGUUUUGCACAGGAGGCCCUUUAUGAAGUGUAAUCUCUUCAUCAGAGUGAACACCUACAACUAGUUGGUCGCCUAACUGCUUAGCUUGUAAAAUAGCAUUACUGUGUCCUAUCAUUCACAUAUCAGUACAUUUUCCUUUUGUCAAAGCAUAUGAAAAUAGUAUUACCAUAAUGGAAGAAAUCUAAACAGCCAUCUAGCCAUAAUCUGCUAUUAUGAAAUGUUCCUGUCAUAAAAAGUGCAAUUGAUAUACAG